AGAGGAGAGGGAGAAGUGGGAGACGAGGGUGAAGGAGGUGACAGAGGAGAAGGAGGAGUUGAAGAGGAGCAUGGAGGAGGCGCGCAGGGAGGAGAGACGGCAGUGGGAGGAGAGAGAGGAGGAGGAGAAGAGAGGGAUGAGUACAGUACUGAGAGAGAGAGUGAGGAAGGCGGAGGGAGAGCUGGAGGACAGUCUGAAGCGACUCAACGAGAGCAAGAGACACGCUGCCAAACUACAGGACAGAAUACAGGACCUGGAGGAGGAGUUGGAGUCGGGGAGGAGGCGUGUCUCGGGGGCAGAGGGUGGGGCUAAGAGGGCAUGGGAGGAGUUAGUCGUGGCCAAAGAGAGACUACUGCUGCAGGAGGAGGAGCUGCAGAGCAAAUCAGAGGAGCUGCUGAGUCGUGGUGUGUGUGAGGGGUGUGUGUGUGUGAACGUGGAGGAGUUGAAAGGUCAGGUGAACAAACUGCAGAGCAGGAACAGAGAGCUGGAGAUUCAGAGCAGUGGGAGAAACAACGACUACGCCAGACAGCAUGCGGAGGCCCUGGCUAGUCUGCGUUCUGAGAUGGUGAGGGCUCAGUCAGAGGAGCUCCGGAGAGAACGGAAACACGCAGAAGUGGAAAAGGAACAAAUGCAGAAAGAGAGAGAAGAAGAGAGAGACAGGCUGCAGAAAGAGAGAGAAGAAGAGAGAGACAGACUGCAGAAAGAGAGAGAAGAAGAGAGAGAACGCCUGCAGAAAGAGAUAGAAGAGGUGAAAGGAAGAGUGAUGGAAGGAAACACGGAGCGAGUGGAGGAGCAGAGAGAGAGUCUGAACCAGGAGAAGAAGAGAUUGAAGGAGCAGGCGGACGAGGAAAGGAGGAGAUUGAAGGAGCAGGCGGACGAGGAAAGGAGGAGAUUGAAGGAGCAGGCGGACGAGGAAAGGAGGAGAUUGAAGGAGCAGGUGAAGAAGGCGAUAGAAGAGGUGAUGAGGAAACAUGCAGCUGAGCUCCACAACGCCCAGGAAGCACUGAGGACAAACCAAGAGGUGUGUGUACGUGUGCAGGAGGACAGGAGGAGUGGUGAAGAGGUGUGUCGAAGGCUGGAGACUGAGAGGGAGGAGCUUAGAGACCAGCUGCAGCAGGCAACCAAUCAGAUCUGGCGUUUGGAAGGAGUCAUUCAGCAGCAAAGUCAGGGGGGUGUGGCCUCUGAAACUCCUCCCACCUGCGGAAUCCACUGUUCCCACCUCCGAGAGGAUCUACAGCACAUACAGGAAGAGAUGGAGCGACAGAGAGAGAGUUACCAGAAGGAGAUGACAGGUCUGAGAACAGACAAACAGAGACUGGAGGAGAAGGUUCUAGAGCUCAACCAACAGACCCAAGAGAACACUGACAGAAACGUUCUAGAACACAACCAAGAGAACACUGACAGAAACGUUCUAGAACACAACCAAGAGAACACUGACAGAAACGUUCUAGAACACAACCAAGAGAACACUGACAGAAACGUUCUAGAACACAACCAAGAGAACACUGACAGAAACGUUCUAGAACACAACCAAGAGAACACUGACGAGAGAAUCCGGUCAGAGUGUGAGGAGCGCCUGAGGGCGGAGCUUAAGGCGGAGCUUGAUGCGGCUGUUGCCACGAGCAACCAGAGAGAGCAGGAGCUGCAGACUCAACUAGCCGAUCUCCAAUCACAGGUGGAGAGGAAGGCGGGGCCAGCAGAGGGUCACCAUGACGACAGCGAGAUUGACAGGCUGCGGAGGGAAGUGCAGGAGACCAGAGACAUGAACCAGAGACUGAGAGAGCAGCUGCAGGAGGAACCACAGAGACACUCUGAAGAACGACACACGGCGGCGUUACAGGCUCUGGAGAGACGAGCUCAGGAGGAACUGCAGACCGAGAGGAACAGGCUACACACACUGCACCUGUUACAGCUAGAUAAGCAGGGUACAGAGCUGAGCCAGCAGUACACAGAGUGGAGUAGACAGUUGACCCAGAGACACAUGAAACACAUCGAAGACCUGCAGACGGAACUACACACACACACAGAGAUGAUGGCCCUGCAACAGGACUUGAAGCAGCAGAAUCAGUACCAGGUGUUUGAGCGUCAGCUGGAUGAGAGUCGCUGUGCCGUUCUGGAACUACAGAGGGAAAACACUGUACUGAGGUCGGGAGAGGAGGCGAUGGGAAGAGAAAGAGAGCAGAAGGAGAGAGAGGAGGAAGCCCAACGACUGAGAGUGGAGGUGGACAGACUGAGAGAAGAGGUGGAGAAACUGGAAGAGGCUCAGAAACAACGGGAGGAACAGAGAGAAGAAGAGAUGAGAGAAGAGGAGGCGCGAAGAGAGAUGGAGGAGAAGAGGAGGGAUGAGGAGAAGAGGACGGAGGAGGAGAACAGGAGAGAGGAGGUGAAGAGGAGAGAGGCCGAGGUUGAGGAGAAGAGGAAGGUGGACGAGGAGAAGAGAAGGAAGGCGGAGGAGGAGGAGAAGAGGAGGAAGGAGGAGGAGGAGGAGGAGAGGAGAGAGGAAGUGAAGAGAGAGCACAGGAGAGCGAUGCAGAGUCUGGUGUGUGAAUACAGCAGCUGUCAGGCAGAGCUACAGACUCGCAUAGUGGCCCUGGAGACAGAGUUGCGGGAGCGUGAGGAGAGGUGCAGGAGGAGGGAGGUUCCUCUCUGUGAUGAUCUCCAGAUGGGAAGACUACAGGAGAGACUCACUGAGAGGAACCAGCUCAUCAAACGCCUGGUGGAGGAACGACAUCAGCUGCAGCUUCAUCCUCCGGUUGCCGGGGACAACGGAACCCUCAGGCUCCAUGACAACAGGCCACACCCCGGGAUCGUUACACCAACAAUGAGGAGGAAGCGUGUGGAGGAGUCUCCGCCCCGCGUCACCAGCGUUCCAAACCUCAGCGCCUAUGAGAGGAGCGUCCUCCUCCCCCACGACACCCCCUCCCCCUGCCUCCCCCAACAUCCCUCCCCCUCCUCAACUCUGCCCUACGCCUCCUCCUCUCUCCCCCGUUCCUCCCCCUCCCUCCCCCGUACUCCCAGGUCUCCCAGUUUGGAUCCCAGCGGUCGCGGCCCUCUCUCUCGUACCCCCACUCCUCUCCCCCCUGCUCCCACCACCCCCCUCCCCCUCUGUCCAUCCUCCCUCCCCGAGCCUCGACACGGGAUUCGACACGUCACCUCACCCUCGCAGGAGCUCCGCCCACACCUGAACAGCCAGUCAACCAGGAGCCCAUAUUUGGAGCAGAGGGGGAGUGGCCAGGGGGCAGAGGGGCGGGACCCUCAGAGGCAGGAUUGGUACACAAAGUACUUCUCCUUCUGAACACACCCACACACACCACACCCACACACACACCCCACACACACACAGGUGACCUCUACACACCUGUACAACACACUCAGCUUUAAACAAACACCUGACAGACCAAAACUAUGCUUGUUCAAUGCAAAUGUACUGUAUUAUAAUCUAUAAUGUGGAAUAAAGUAUUUUAUUUAUAUUUA